AUGGAUAAAUAUGACGUGAUUAAGGCCAUUGGGGAAGGUGCCUUUGGGAAAGCAUACCUGGCCAAAGGGAAAUCAGAUAGCAAGCACUGUGUUAUAAAAGAGAUCAAUUUUGAAAAGAUGCCCAUCCAAGAAAAAGAAGCUUCACAGAAAGAAGUCAUUCUUCUGGCGAAGAUGAAACAUCCCAACAUUGUAACCUUCUUCGGUUCAUUUCAAGACUGGAGUAAGAAUUUACAGAUUCUCUCUGUGCACAGUCUUAUGAAAGCUUCCCUGUUAUUUUCCACUGCUUCCACCCAACAUUUAGAGAACAACAGGCUGUUUAUUGUGAUGGAGUACUGUGAUGGAGGGGAUCUCAUGAAAAGGAUCAAAAAACAGCGGGGAGUGUUACUUAGUGAAGAUCAGAUUCUGAGUUGGUUUGUACAGAUUUCUCUAGGAGUGAAACGUCUUCAUGACAGGAAGAUCUUACACAGGGACAUAAAAACACAGAACAUUUUUCUUAGCAAGAAUGGAAUGGUUGCAAAGCUUGGGGACUUUGGUAUUGCAAGAGUCCUGAACAAUGCCAUGGAACUUGCUAGAACUUGUGUUGGAACACCUUACUACUUGUCCCCAGAGAUCUGUCAGAAUAAACCCUACAACAAUAAAACGGAUAUUUGGUCUCUUGGCUGCGUCUUAUAUGAGCUCUGCACACUCAGACAUCCUUUUGAGGGUAACAACUUACACCAGCUGGUUCUGAAGAUUUGUCAAGCUCGUGUUCCCCCAGUAUCUCCAAGGUUUUCCCAUGACCUACAGUCCUUAAUAUCCCAGCUCUUUGAAGUGUCUCCCGGAGCUCGACCAUCCAUUAGUUCCAUUUUGAAAAGGCCCUUUUUAGAGAACCUUAUGGCCAAAUACUUGACUCCCGAGAUCAUUCAGGAAGAAUUCAGUCACACCCUCAGACAUAAAGCAAGAUCGUCUGCUUCUCGACCUGCUGGGAAGGUGGUUCCAGGUUUUAAAAUACAGAAAGUGAGAUUCCAGGGAAAGUGCCUGCCAAGAUGAAGGAUAUCAGUGCUAUUUAAAAGGAAGGACAUAUAUAGAAAUGAAUGGAGACCGCCAGCUGGAGCCCAGAAGCCCAUAUCUAUAAAAAUGGUAGAAAGGCCCAAACUUGCUGCAGUGUGUGGACAUUAUGAUCAUUAUUAUGCUCAACUUGACUUGUUGAGGAAGAGAGCCAAUGGACAAAAUUACCACUAUGUUCCUCAAAAAGAUACCAGAGUUGAAGAGAAUUAUAAUCAGGAAGAAAGCCACAGUCCAUCUUCAGGUCAAUGGCUUGCUGAGUACCUUCAGAGGAAAUGUGAAGCUCAACGACAUAAGCUGAAGGUGGAAAAGCAAUUGGGUAUUUGUCCAUCUUCUGCUGAGCCAAAUCACAACCAGAGACAAAAGCUAAGAAGUAAUGGGGAAGAGCCUGGAUUCCAGGAGCUGCAGUUCAGGAGAAAUGAAAAGAAGGAGCAGGAAUACUGGAAGCAGCUAGAAGAAAUACGCCAACAGUACCACAAGGACGUGAAAGAAAUUAGAAAGAAGAUGGAGUGUGAACUGGAGGAAGACUCAAAAAUAAGUCGUAAAACAUAUUUGGUGAAGAGCGACCUGCUCAUCCACCAGGAGGCACCUGAGGAAGGAGCACCUGCGCAGGAUAUUGAAAGAGACUUGAAACGAAUUGGACUUCAGAACACAAAGGAAAGUAAAAUUCCGGAACAAAAACAUAAAGCUAAGAGAGGGAUAAAGUUUGAAAUUAAUUUAGACAAAUGUAUUUCUGAUGGAGACACCCUCCAAGAGGAAGAGGCAAUGGAUAUACUGAAUGAAACUUUGACCUCUGAGGACGGCGUUAAGUUUAAGGGGUAUAAAUGUAUAAAGGAGCAUGAAGAUUAUACAGACAAAGCAUUUGAAAAACUCUGUUGCCGGGAAGCAGAUGCUGCCGCUGCAGAGGACAGGAGACAGUGGGAUGCUGGGUCUCCUCAGACUCUGCUGCAAAUAAUGGCCGCGGCCGACAUCACCUCCACCAGCUCCACUGUGCCUGAGGGUGAAGCUGACAUCAGUGGCACAAAUUACGGCCGAGUGAGUGUGAUUGAAGGCAUUCCAGAAAACAGGAAACAGUGGCGGCUUGAAACGCCGGGAACUUUAAUGAGUGUUUUGACAGCAGCACAUCUAACAAAUAGCUCAUUUUCUGCCAACGAUGGAGAAUUUGCUCCAGUUGCUCUGCUGGAAAAUGAGGGACCGUGUGGAACAGAGAGACAAGCCAUCCCAAGUGAAGCCGUGCUAGACCAGCCAACCUCCAGGUGGCCAGUGGGACCAUUAAGACAAUGGCUUCCUAAAGAAGACAAGGGGAAGGUAGAAGUGGCCUCUGACAUUGAAGUAGAUGAAGAACAACCAGAACCAAGAUCUGAUGAUGAUGAUACCAAUUUUGAAGAAUCUGAAGAUGAGCUGAGAAAUGAAGCAGUAGAAUCCCUGGAAAAACUCUCCACUUCCAAAGAGGCAGAAAAAAGGGAAGAGGUUUCCAGUUCCUCCACGGGUGCUGAAAAGAAAGAGAGGGGAUAG